GAGAAUACGUGUGCGGAAGAAAUAUAUCCUUAGACCAUCCAUCACUUUCCCGGUCUCGAUGAGCCCAGGACGUACAGCAGCGGCCUCUGGUGUUCCUCGCGCAAAGGCUCAUCCUCGCGCUCCCCGAGACUCAACUCAGGAGUAAAUAGGAGGAGAAAACAAGCGUUGUGAGCACACACCGGUUCUACCCCGGCUACGUAUCCCAAAACUUCCUCUUCUGGGGUGCUCAGAGUUGAAUACCCGAUCUACACUCGCUAAGAAGCCUUCAUCUGUAUGGUUCAGAGAUCGAUGCUCUGCAUUGUAUAAGACCUAGUAUAGGGGAGCAUCGAGAAUCAUCUUUACUUUGCGUGUCCUGCCGCCUCCCGAACCCCCAGUCUGCCAUGGCUAAGUCGGUCGUUCUCAUCUGGCUAUCUUUUUUCCUGGGCUUGUUCUUCAUCUUCAUCGGAUCAAUGAAGAUCACACCCAACAUAAAUAGAGAUAUGCAUCGCGAAAUCCGGAGGAAUUUCCUGAGCUAUUCCAAAGUAUUCCCAACGAACGUCCUCCUCAAUAUGAAAGUGUCCCCCAAGAUAUUUCGUCUUGUGAUCGGCUGGACCGAAGUCUGCUGUGGUACGACAUUGCUCCUGAUCCCCGGGUGCAUCAAACAGUUCGCAAACCUCUGUUUGCUUAUCGUGUGUACAGGUGCCAUUUACACGCAUCUGAUGUUGUGGGAUCCCUUCGAGCGGAUGGCUCCAUCGCUCUUCUUCACCUUGUUGCUUCUGUGUCGCCUGGUGGUAUACUAUCAGGUCAAAAAGAGAGAAAAUAUAAUGGAGGAACGCAGAUUACUCAAAGCUGCUCGUGAGGCUGAACCUCAGGAGGUACAACUCAGCGCGGCGAAGAAGACCGUUGCCGAAAAUCGUGAGGGAUCCAGUCAAAACGAGCAUCCUGCGGGGAAAAAGGAGUCGAGGAAGAAUAGACGCAAGAUCAAGAAGGAGGAAUGA